UGGCUAUCCAAUUGAUGAGUCUUCUGGUAUAGCCAAUUGCAAAUUGUAUUCUCCGAUAGAUCCAUCAGUAGUUGAGAAAAAAGAAGAAGAGAACAGGCAAUUGAAUUCAGCAAUGGCUUGUGUUGUUGUAAAUAGUCUACUAGGAAUAGUAGAGCAACUACAGCUUCUCCUUCUUCAGAAACCCCCACACAAUAAUCCUUGUUUUACUCUUCCUGAUGAUGCUCAAAUCAUCCUAUCCACCUUAAAGGAGAAGCUCCAUUUCCUGCAAGCCUAUCUAGACAAACCUAAGACCAUAAUUACCUCUGAUCCUGAGGCAGUGAAAAGGGUGGAUAAAGAAAUCAGAGAUGUUGCAAUCAAAGCAGAAGAUGAAAUGGAAUCCAAACUGGGUGAAAUUUACCAGGUGCAGGGUGAGGGUGAGGGAGUAGCAGUAAAGGCUUGUGAAGAUCUUCAUCGGAGCUUGCAACAAGUAGUGAAGGAUAUUGAGUGUGUUGAAGUGCUCAUCAGAGAUCAUCUGCAGCAGCAAAUAACACUACAUACCUCCUUCUCCUCCUCAUCCUCCUCCUCCAAGUAUGAUUCAGAGAAUAUAACGGUAGGAGUCGAAGAUGAUGUUGAGCAAUUAAAACACACGCUCCUCAUUCAAUCAUCUUCAUCCACGCAACUACAAUUCAUUCCUAUCUUUGGAAUGCCAGGCACGGGAAUGACUACUUUGGCUAAAAGAGCUUAUGAAGAUCCAUUAAUUGUGUCUCACUUUGACAUUCGAGCAUGGACAGUUGCAUCUCGACCAUACAGUAGGAGAAAGCUACUCGUUGGCAUUUUAGGUUGUAUUGUGUCAUUGACAACCGAAAUCUCCAACAAAGACGAUAACCAGCUAGCUGAACAACUCUGCAAAAUUCUGACGGGCCAAAGGUAUUUGAUUGUCAUCGAUAACCUUAGGGCGAUAGAGGCAUUGGAUGAAUUCAAAGCAUCUUUUCCACCCAAUAGUAAUGGAAGCCGAGUUCUGAUAACUACUUCAGAAAAGGAAGUGUUUGGAUCUCUUUACUCAGGUAUGUGUAAUUUCCAAAAACGUUUUCUGAAUCCAGAAGAAAGCUGGAAUUUACUAAGCAAAACUGCCUGUAAUGGAAAAUAUUGUCCGUCCCAAGAAAUUGAGUUAAUAGGAAGACGCAUUGUUAUGGGAUGUAGGGGAAUACCACUGGUAAUUGUUUUGAUUGGUGGACUUCUGGCCACCCUCAACAACUCACCAAAGCAGUGGGAGGAUAUUGAAGCACAGUUCAACAUCGACGACAACAAUCCUUUUAGGCUCUUGUGGCGCACAAUUGAACUUUGCUACAACUAUUUGCCUACUUACCUAAAAGCUUGUUUUCUUUAUUUGGGAUGUUUUCCUGACGCUACUGAAAUUCAUGUAAAAAAGUUGGUAAAGUUAUGGAUAGCUGAGGGGUUUUUAAAACCAGAGAUGAACAAAAGUUCUGAAGAGAUAGCCGAAGGUUAUUUAUGUGAUCUUAUCAACAGAAGGCUAGUUCAAGUUUACAAGAGGAGUUUGGAUGGAAAAAUCAAGUCAUGUAUGCUUAAUGAUUCAUUAUAUGAGUUUUGCUUCCAAAAAGCAUAUGGUGAUGAGGAGAAUAUUUUGAGGGUUAGUAAGGUGAAAUAUAAUUAUUUUCUUGGCGAGCGUCGUUGGGUGAGUAUUCAAGAUAGUUUUUGGCCAAUUACUCCAAAUCAUUUGAUGAACUCUUCAUUUAAAAUUCGUUCUCUUCUUUAUUUUGGUGAAGAUUUAUAUCUUGCAAAGUGUUGGUUCAUAUUCUCACCUUUGAAGUUGUUAAGAGUGUUGGAUUUAUCAUUAUUAAAAUAUUGGCAUGGCAUGCCUAGUGAGAUUGUAGAUUUGGUUCAUUUAAGAUAUUUAGCUUUAACAACGAUAGGUUCUCUUUAUAGCUUUCAAUGGUUCAAGCUCCAACAGUUGCAAACUCUCAUUCUCUCCUCGUGGGCAAAAGAGUGUCAAUUACAGCUGCCAUGUAAUGUUUUGGAUUUGCCACGGUUAAGGCAUGUGCGCUAUGGCAAAGGAUGUUCAUCAUAUCUCCCGAACAUGGUUCAAGAAAACUUACAAACUCUUUCUUGGUUCAAAGUUACCGACGAGGACUCAAGAACAACAAACUUUUUAAAAGUUCCAAACCUAAAAGAGUUGGGGAUCUACAUUGAAGGUGAAGUAUUGCCUAAUGCUCUUGACAGCCUUGCUCAGUUAUGUCAACUUGAGAAGUUAAAGGUUAAAAUGGGAAGGGUAGAGCGGUUUAAUCUCCCAAAUUCUUUUCCAUCAAACCUCAAGCAAUUGACCCUUAGUAAUACUUAUCUUUCAUGGGAAGAUAUGGACAUCAUUGGCAAUUUACCCCAUCUUGAUUUACUCAAAUUGAAAGAUUUUUCCUUUUGCGGCCCAGAGUGGACACCCAAGGAUGGGGAGUUUCUACAACUACGGUUCUUCCUUAUUGAGCGCUCUGAUCUCGAACAUUGGUAUGCAAAUGCAAACCAUUUCCCAGCUUUGGAGCGUCUAAUUCUAAGAUAUUGUUGGGACUUGGAAAAACUUCCCAAUGAUUUUGGGGAGGUUUUUACAUUGCAAUUAAUUGAGUUAGCGAAUUGUUGUUCUUCUCUUAUCACUUCAGCAAAGGAGAUCCAACAAGCACAACGAGACUUGGGAUACGAAGGACUUGUUGUUCGUGAUGCAACUAAGGUUGAGCUGCCAACCAAUGAAAGCUCAGGGAAUCAUAAACAAGUUACAGUGAUGCAUUGGCUUCCCAGAAAUGCAUCCUGGCUGGUUGAACUUGUGGUCUGCUCAUUUGCUUCUUGGUUAUUACAAGGAUGUUUCAUUGGGUUGAUGUUGGAGUUCAUCUUCCAUAAUAAGUGAUAGUCUGUCUGUUACUAGAUUGUGAAAUUCAUUGAAGUGUUAGUGUAUAUUAAAUAUGAUUUGGUCUCUGGUUGAGAUGUUAAAUUAGUUCUGAACUUUAUUAUCCAAACUAUGGUUCAUUGGGCAUGUAUGUCUGUUUUCACAAUGAUGUUUCAUUUGGUUCUUUGAGUUGCUGUUGGAGUUCAAUGUUGGUUGGUCGGUUGAACUGUUAUUCUAUUAAAACAAUAGUUUAUUGAAAUGUUAAUGUGUAUUGUGAA